CAAAUGCCCAACCAACCAUAGGUUGUGUCUCCAAAUGCAGGUGAUAUCACCCUACCACCGCUACCUCCCCCUCCACAACCACCAUUCUCUAUUCCUCCUCAGAUCCAUGGUUACCGCCACCACCACUGCCGCCACCGGCGGCGCUUUCACCACCAUCGCAGAGACAGUCACUUUGGAGCGCGAUAUUAAGAAGAGCAAAUUCAUCGCCAUCGCCGCUCAUAUUCCCGAUGAGCGCUCUGCUCACUCCUUCUUAUCGGAGGUUCAAGAUCCACGUGCAACUCAUAAUUGCUGGGCUUAUAAGGUUGGAAAUCAGUAUCGAAGUAAUGAUGAUGGUGAGCCAUCUGGUACAGCUGGAAAACCGAUACAUUCUGCUAUCGAAAAUUCAGGAUUAGAUAGAGUGAUGGUUGUUGUCAUUAGGCACUUUGGAGGGAUCAAAUUAGGUACCGGAGGAUUAGUUAGGGCAUAUGGCGGAGUAGCAGCAGAAUGCUUGAAAAGUGCCCCUACUCGAUUAAUUAAAUCUCAAGUCCCUAUGGGUGUCGAGGUCACUUUCGAUCUUUUGGGGGUUGUUUACCAUCAGUUGCAGUCAUUCAAAGCUGAGGAAAUUAAGCAAGAUUAUGACACUGGAAAAGAUGGCAUAACAAUGGUCACCUUUAAAAUUAGUUUUGACCAAGCUGAAGCAUUAGAAGAAGCUUUGAAAACCAAUUGCAGCAGAGAUCUUGUAUUUUACAAGCAUUGAUGAAUACAAUGGGUUGAAAAAUAGCCAUAUAGAAGUCGGUUUCAUUUUUUUUUUUUUUUUUUUUGUAUAUACAUGAAACAUCUCACAUUUGGCUAAAUUUUACUAGUCAUUUACUCAUUUGUAUACUUUGUAUUUUUUUAGUUGGUUUAUUCGGUUAAAGAGAAAUAAACGAGCAUCUGUUUUGAAAG